AUGUUGGAAGGAGGUGCGAAAUUCCCGGGAAUAAUAGAUCUCAACAAAAAUAAUGACAACUACUAUGAUUUCUCUCAAGGCUUUUACCAUAAGCUUGGGGAGGGUACCAAUAUGUCCAUUGACAGUGUUGGGAGCUUACAGACAAGUAACGGUGGAGGAUCUGUUGCGAUGUCCAUUGAUAACAGCAGUGUUGGGUCCAAUGAUUCCCAUACCCGCAUGUUGGACCACCAAGGGUUGAGGAGGCGGGCCAACGAUAACUACUCUGUUGCACACAGUGCCAAUCGUCGGGGAAGGGUUACACAUGCUUUGAGUGAUGAUGCUUUAGCUCAAGCUCUAAUGGACAAUAGUUCUCCCACUGAAGGACUUAACAAUUUUGAUGAGUGGACAAUUGAUUUGAGGAAACUCAAUAUGGGUGAGCCUUUUGCACAAGGAGCUUUUGGGAAACUCUACAGAGGUACUUACAAUGGUGAAGAUGUUGCUAUCAAAAUCUUGGAGAGGCCUGAAAAUGAUCCAGCAAAGGCUCAAUUGAUGGAACAACAGUUCCAGCAGGAGGUCAUGAUGUUGGCUACACUAAAGCACCCUAACAUUGUUCGUUUCAUUGGUGCAUGCCGCAAGCCAAUGGUGUGGUGCAUUGUAACUGAGUAUGCCAAAGGUGGUUCAGUUCGACAAUUUUUAAUGAAGCGUCAAAAGCGAUCGGUUCCCCUCAAAUUGGCUGUCAAACAAGCUUUGGAUGUUGCAAAGGGGAUGGCUUAUGUUCAUGGCCUUGGAUUGAUCCACAGGGAUUUGAAAUCCGAUAAUCUUUUGAUUUUCGGUGACAAAUCAAUCAAAAUUGCUGACUUUGGAGUUGCCCGAAUUGAGGUGCAAACUGAAGGAAUGACACCUGAGACUGGAACGUACCGUUGGAUGGCUCCGGAGAUGAUCCAGCACAGGCCUUACACACAAAAGGUGGAUGUAUAUAGCUUUGGGAUUGUUCUAUGGGAACUCAUCACCGGGAUGCUUCCAUUUCAGAACAUGACAGCAGUACAGGCAGCAUUUGCAGUUGUCAACAAAAAUGUUCGCCCAAUCAUACCCAACGAUUGCUUACCUGUACUCCGUGACAUCAUGACAAGAUGCUGGGAUCCCAACCCUGAUGUGAGGCCACCAUUUGCUGAAAUUGUAGGAAUGCUCGAGAAUGCGGAGAAUGAGAUAUUGACAACAGUUCGGAAGGCCCGGUUCAGGUGUUGCAUGACUCAACCAAUGACUGCUGACUGA